GCGUGAACACCACCCUCCCGCGAUAAAAACGCGGCGCGCGCGACCGGUCGCGCGUAUUCCGAUCUCGUUUGCUCGGCUACUCACAACAGUGCGAUGCCUCCCCAGCCCAGCGGUAAGGCCGUGAAGAAGGCCGGCAAGGCGCAGAAGAACGUGCGUGCCACCGACAAGAAGAAGAAGAAGCGCCGCAGGAAGGAGAGCUUCUCCAUCUAUAUCUACAAGGUGCUGAAGCAGGUGCACCCGGACACUGGAGUCUCCAGCAAGGCCAUGUCUAUCAUGAACAGCUUCGUGAACGACAUCUUCGAGCGUAUCGCCGCGGAGUCGUCCCGUCUGGCUCACUACAACAAGCGCUCGACCAUCACGAGCCGGGAGAUCCAGACUGCCGUGCGUCUGCUGUUGCUCGGCGAGCUGGCCAAACACGCCGUGUCCGAGGGCACCAAAGCCGUCACCAAGUACACCAGCUCCAAGUAGGCGACCGAGCGCCCGUCCGCCCAGCCCACACCCAACGGCUCUUCUCAGAGCCACCCAAAGUGUCUGUAUUGGCAUUGGGAUGUAGUGAGAAUCUCGACAAUUCCGUCCGUUCCCUCUGUUCGACGCUUCCUCGUUUAGAAAAAAAAACCCGACGCGCGCUGUCGGACAACGCGUUCUCAUUGCGACAGCGCGUGUGCUAAAAGUUUCGUAGCAGAAACGCACAGAACGCCAUGCGCUCAGCACAACAACACAAACAAAGCGAGUAUAGGGCGCGUGAGCAGACUCCGCGCGAGCGGCCACGUUCGCCUGCACUAAUUGCCACGGCGCGUGUUUCGCACACCUAGGCUGAUGAGGCGGUCGUUGCUGCACAUUUACUUAAUUCUGAUGUAGCGUAAGUUUUAAAAGCAGGCAGCCCUCAUCCCUUUUUUCACAUUUUAUUUCUUCUUUUCGGUCGACGCGCAUUUGCGGGUCCCGAGGUGUGCCUCUAUGGCUGCUAGAACUAAUGUCGUCGGUCGCUGCGUGUGCUAGAAUGCCCACUCGGCGGCCGCCCGCACGUAUAGAGCAGUGCUCCGGACUGAAAUUUAGAGCCGCGUGCUGUCAGCGCCGCAUCGCUGUAGCAGUGGCUGGCGAGCGGAAAUGCGUUAGCACGUUCACGAAGCAGCAGCGCGUAAGGGAAAUUUUACGCUGUUAUUACAAAUGUAGUGGUAAUUUGAAGUGGAAAAAGGAUAGAUGCGCGCGGCUCUC